AUGGAAGAUGACAACCAUGGAAAUAAUAGGCUAAAUGGUCCAAAUGGAGGAAGCCCUGAAAACCCAUGUUUAAACAACAACACUCCUGCUAGUAGCUGCAACUCCAACAUUAAUAUACACCACAAUCAUAAUCACAAUAACAAUCACAACCAUCACCACCACAGCAACAAAGAACAAGACAGGUUUCUUCCCAUUGCGAAUGUGGGUCGCAUUAUGAAGAAAAUGAUUCCCGGAAAUGGAAAAAUUUCUAAAGAUGCAAAAGAGACUGUCCAAGAAUGUGUGUCCGAGUUCAUUAGCUUUGUCACCGGUGAGGCCUCCGAUAAAUGUCAGAGGGAAAAGAGGAAGACUAUCAAUGGCGAAGACAUCAUAUGGGCUAUCACAACACUAGGGUUCGAGGAUUAUGUACACCCUUUAAAAGUGUACCUCCAAAAAUAUCGAGAGCUUGAAGAUGAGAAGCUAAAUGUUCCUAAGCAACAAAGACUGGAGCAAAGGCUGCAGCAACAGAAACAACAGCAACAUGUAGUACAGCAAGAACAAGAGCAACAAAGUAUACCUAAUUCGUAUAGUGUAUAUUCUUCGACGAGUCUCAUGUCUCAACCGACUUCUUUCAUUACUCAUCAUCAUGAUCCGGCAUUUUCCCUGCAUUUCUCUCCCGGCUCAAUUCAAAAACAGUUACAGCCACAAGAUCAAAUCGAUUCAGUUGCGCACUGGUAG